AUGGACAUUAGACCUACUAUAGCAUACAGAAUAGUAUCCACCGCGGCGCUACAGGUCAUAGCGGAUCUGCAGGUAAAGGAAAGAUUCCGGGCUAGGAACAGAGAGUCAGAAAGAAGAGCACAGAUUCUUGACCUCUGGCAAGAGACAUGGAGUGAGGACGAGGUGGACUCUUGGACCAGGAAAAUUAUUCCGGACCUUUGCCCAUGGGUUCAGAGAAAGCACGGCUGCGUGAGCUACCUUACACAGGUAUUGACAGGGCACGGCUGCUUCAGGGCCUACCUUCUAAGAUUUAAAAGUGCCCGAGAUAACCGAUGUGUUUAUUGCGGUCAAAGGAAGUGGCAGACGAGAAGCAAGAAAGAAUGA